AUGAAUACAAAAGUGAGUGCAAGUGAAAAAUUUGGUACGUAAAUGUAUGAGGCGAGAGUCCAGAGCAUAGUGGAGAAAAGAAGAGUGUGUGUGUGGGAGAGUGAGAGCAGGACAGCCUCCCACUUUGUUUCGUAAAUGCUCAAUUUUAUCUCCGUUACCCAAUUUAAGCUGUUUCAAUUCACAAACACAACACGCACUAAGCAAUAGCAAACUAGUACUAUUCUCUUCUGGUUACUUCCAACUUGUUGCUUUGCUUCGUCACCAGAAAAUGAGUGCUCAUCAAAAAGAAAAACACAACGCACCUUCGUCCAAACCAACGGUUUCUCAUUCACUUCACAAGGUUGAUGAUCCAAUGAAGGUAACCGAUGAAAAUGAAACCUUGCGUGCUUCUAAUAAUCAAUGGAAGCGACCGAAUCUGCAGCUGGAAAUACCGACCAGAACAUCGGAAGAGUCUUCUCAGGAUCUUGUAAGAAUAAGGAUGCCACUGACGCCAAGUCCAACUCCUAGUCAGAAGAAAGUGAAUUUUCUUGCGACUUCUCGCUCUGUUGAUGCUCCAAGGCCUACUUCUUCAUCGACCAGAGCCAAAUCAUCCAUGAGAAACAUCUUACCGAAAUUCGGCUUCCGGAAUCGUGCACCAUCGCCCGAUGUUGAAAAGGUUGUUACUACUGCAGCUCAAGAAGGUUCCUUUUCUGGUCAUCAAGAGAAGCCUUCAAUCCCAAGAUCAGUGUCUCUCACGAAGAUGUUUACUCCUAAGAUUAAGAGAACGUCUUCGUUGCCAGUGGAAGAACUUGGGCGUGCAAACGUAGAAUCUGUUCUUUGUGGAACUCUUGGUGCUUCUCCAUGUGGAAGAGAGACCCAGGGGAUGAUAGCUCGUUCUCGUUCAGUGCCUGUUAAUACCAAAGAAAAAGGCAUAAGGAGAAUGGAUUCGGUUUUCCGCAUUAUUCCAUCCACUCCUCGCGUAAUUGAAGUGAAUGAAACAACAAAGGAUACAGAAAAUGGUGAUGAUGGUGAAGAUAUUGCUGAAGAGGAAGCCGUGUGCAGAAUUUGUCUGGUUGAUCUAUGUGAAGGAGGUGAGACAUUAAAGAUGGAAUGCAGCUGCAAGGGUGAACUUGCUCUGGCUCACCAAGAAUGUGCUAUUAAAUGGUUUAGUAUCAAGGGUAACAAGACCUGUGAUGUGUGCAAGGAUGAGGUUCGGAACCUCCCUGUCACUCUCUUAUGGAUCCGAAGUGUUCGAACUCAGAAUACUAGAGCAAGGUCCGAGCAGGGAGAUGAUUUCAGGGCUUGGCAGGAACUCCCAGUGCUUGUCAUUGUCAACAUGCUUGCUUAUUUCUGUUUCCUUGAGCAGCUGUUGGUUGGAAGAAUGAGAACCAAGGCAAUUUUCAUCUCUCUUCCGUUUGCCUGUGCACUGGGUCUACUCUCCUCCGUAACAUCAUCAACCAUGGUGAAGAGCAGGUUCAUCUGGAUUUAUGCAUCUGUCCAAUUUGUUUUGGUGGUCAUAUUCGCCCACAUAUUUUACCCCUUGGUUGGUAAGCAUGCGGUUUUGGCAAUCCUUCUUGCAACGUUUGCUGGGUUUGGCGUGGUGAUGAGUGGAAGUUCAAUUCUUUUGGAGUCUUCUAGAUGGAGAAGAAGAUGGCAAGCUUUAUCAGAGCUGCAGCGUGGUUCUUCAGCGAUGACACAAGAAGGGAUAUCAAGUCAGAGCUGAAUCGGUGUCUGUAUGGCUUGUUAACUUUCUUAUUAUCAAUCAAGCUAAGGGAAUUGGCAGAACUGAUUGUCAAUUGACAUUGUAUAGGCGAUUAAGCUUUGGAAGGAUUUUACUACUGUGUACAUAAGAACCAAACUUCAUUGUACAGCUUAUAUUGUCGUUAUAGAGAAUAACUUAGGACUAGAGUUUCUAUUGCUGUGGAAUCAUUUUGUUUAUUUCUUUGUACUAAGCAUUGUCGCCACAGUAAAACAAGAAGCCUUUUUUUUUUGGUAAUCUUUGGUAGAGACAAAACCUAUUUGUGAAAUAAAAUAGCACAACUUGAAAGCUUUAAGCA